AAGGAAAUAUAAGCAUCUGUGUCUGUCUGGUCACAUAGCUUAAAAAUUAAAAACCAGAAGAAAACUCUUUCUUAAAAAAAUAAAAUAAAAAAAAAAUAAAAAAAAUUAAAAGCUCUCAAAGGUUUCGACUCCGAUACUGUAUUUCUCUCUACUCUAACUCUCGCUCCUCAAGCUUGUUCAAAAAUCAAUUACCGCCAUGUUAAGAGCUUCUCAUCUCCCGCCAUUAGCAUAUCCAGCUCUCACUCUCAGUGCUCUUAGAAUAUCUCUUAUUCCAACCUUCAACUUAUCUUCUUCGCCUUCAAACCUCCAAAAAGUCUCUACAUUUUCACUAUCUCAUCGUUUUCUUCAUCAAACUUUCAAACCCUUUUCGCGUCAACCAUCAUCUCUGAGCUUGAAGCGGAUUCUUCAUCUACCUAUGGAAGGUAAUCCACACCUCAGAGGAACAGCUUCAUUUAGUGCUGGUGCUACUGCUGGAAAUAGCUCUGAGACUGGAAAGGAAAUACUGGUGCAGCAUUUGCUUGUUAAAGAGGAUGAUCUUAAACUUCUUUUGGAGCUUCAGCAGAGAAUUUCAGGAGGUGAGGACUUGAGUGAUCUUGCUGUGGAAUACUCAAUAUGUCCAUCCAAAGAAGAAGGAGGAAUGCUUGGGUGGGUGAGAAAGGGGCAAAUGGUACCUGAGUUUGAAGAGGCUGCAUUUAGUGCACCUUUAAACAGCGUUGUUAGGUGUAAAACAAAAUUUGGAUGGCAUUUGUUGCAAGUCCUUUCAGAGAGGGAAGAGUCAGUACUUCAAGAUAUUCAACCUGAAGAGCUCCAUCAGAGAAUGCAAGAUCCCAGUUUCUUAGAUGAGGCUCAGUUGAUUGAUGUUCGAGAACCCGAAGAAGUGGCCAAAGCUUCUUUGCCAAGUUUUCAGGUUCUUCCUCUCCGACAAUUUGGAAGCUGGGGACCUGAGAUAACCACCAAAUUUGAUCCUCAGAAGGAUACCUAUGUUAUGUGUCACCAUGGCAUGCGGUCAUUACAGGUUGCCAAGUGGUUGCAGUCGCAGGGUUUCCAGAAAGUGUUCAACGUAUCUGGGGGAAUUCAUGCAUAUUCUGUGAAGGUAGAUCAAUCAAUACCCACUUACUGAUAGUCUGAUAGUGAAGUUUUGCAUAUUGGAUGUAUACUUCCUCCACAAGCGACUAGUUUUCAAUUUGAUUUUCUCCCUUUAUGAUAAUGGAAUAUUCAAUCCAACCCUUCGUCUUUCUUCUUUAGCCUUAUAAUGUAAACUAUGAGAUGAAAUUAAGUUUUCACCAAAGGUUGUUCUGAUAAAAUCUAGCUAGAAUAUUAGUUAGAAAGGGCAGGCAGAGCCCAAAGGCUGCUAUCUCAAAAAGGGAUUUCUGAACUUCUCCCAAAGACCAAACUUUCUUAAUGGUAGUGUUUCAAUUACAGAAGAUGUAUCCAAUGUUUUGACUUAGACUUGGCGUUCCUUGUUUUGGUGGGUGCUUGGACUUGAUCUUUGAAAAUGUCUGAGAAUAUGAAUAAUCUUGAUCUGCUUUUUAUUUAGUGA